CUACGUUGUUACUGACUGACUGACUGAGUGCAUCCUGUGUACCUACCAACCUGAUUAAAGCUCCAAACAUUCGUUUUCCUAUCACGGAAAGACAGUGAGUAGAACUUCCCUGACUGUAGCUGUAUACGCGUGGCCCUGAGAGAGCAUGUAGAGAGGGUGAGCUGACACUCCUCACCCUAGGCAGUACCAAGGCAGUUGGUGGCAUGGGAAAAUGUUUGAAUUAACAGUCAAAGAUACAUAUAGUCAAAUGAAUACUGCAGCAUUCAUGCGUGUACUUAAGAAAUAUAUAACAUACUUCUAUCUUCUUUUAUCCUUCAACAAAUGGAUUUCCGGGUAUUAUUUAUUCCACCUCUUAUUUUUUUCUCAAAAUAUCCUCGAUCUGUUAUUGAACUGAACUCUAUUUUCAGGCCUACAGUAAUUUGAAUAAAAAAUUAGAGUUCAAAUUUGCUGUGUCAUUAAUAAAUACCUAAUUAAUCAUAGUGACUAGACAAAUUUCACAGUGCAUUAAUUCAUUUAUUUUUUCAGAAGUUUAUUAUAUUUAGUUUGAUUGCGAAAGAAUUCAAGGUGUGUAAAACUAAAAAUGGUUGAUCCUUUCUUGUUGUUCUUCGAUUUGGGUAACCGUAUAAUUUUGAUAACGUUCAAAUAAACAGUCUAGUUCAAAGCGGAGUGCAUAAACUUGUUCACUGCGAAUAAAUUACACCAUUCAUUUUAUUUAUUAAAUUAACAUAAUAAGGUUUUUUUGGUUAAUCCCUUUUCAAUCAUUCUGCGUAUUGCGAAACAUUAAGGUUGAAAUCAUAGUUCGUGUUAUUUUACCAUUGAAAAUCUCUGUUUGAAAUUUAGUACUCCGUUUAACACCUCAGUGGAACUUUUAAUCCUUUUCGAUCAAGCUAGGAUUACUUCCCUAUAACUGUACUAUGUUGGUAUGUACACAUAUACAUUCAGUGACAUAGAAAUCAAUUUUACUUCAAUAACGAUUCCACGUAUUUGCUACUCAGUUUUCUACACAUAGAGAUCACAUCACUUCAAUAAUAUCUGUUGUCACAAAUAACAAACUUUUCUUUAAUAUUUAUUAUCAAAUUGAAUUGUUAAUUGCAAUUGUAGCAUUUAUAUUAUGAUUUAGUAAACACUAUUCUGACCUUAAGUUUGUUGUGUAUGUGUUACCACGUAUUUGAAUGAUUGCCUAAUCAAUUUAGCAUAUAUUUAUAUAAUUACACACCGUUAUUUUUAUUUUGAGUAAUAAUCUGAAUUGGUUGACAACUUUGAUUUAUUGUAAGUGUCCUAAUACUCUAGUUAAAAUAAUUGUCAUUUUUUAUGGGUUUUGAUCGUACCUUAUUUGUUAAUUCAUAUCACCGCAACUUAAUCGAUAGGAUUCUUCAUCGCAUUAGGCAUAUAUGACAUUGAUCAUUACUCAUAGGUUAGUCAAUGUAAAUAUCUCAAUCUUACAAGAGGUCAUUUUCGAUCCUAACAUCUUAAUGGUAACGUCUCCGACUCUGAAUUUGGUUUAUUAAGGUUUGAAUCAGAUAACGAGUACCGGGGUUUCUUGCCGAUCACUUCCAAUUCUACUUAGCAACUUACAUCGAUCUGUUAUUAGUUAGCAUCAUAAAGUCAAUCAAACUAUGUUGAUCACUAAAUUAAACACUUAUACCAUUGUGGUGUGUACUACUUAUAUCGACAUAAGUGGUAUCUGGUGUUUGUCAGGAACGGAAUGUCUGGCAGCAGAGAGACAAGAAGGUCGAACAGUAGAGAUUGGGAACAGAAUGCAAUUUUUAUGAAAAUGCAAAAACAAUGAAGUCUGAGUCAUAAUGAGACAAUUGAUGGACAUUUUGCAAAUUAAGCAUUUACUUUAUGAUUGUUAGAUUUUAUUAGCAAGUCCUGUAAUUUUGUGUCAAAUACAUUCGAUUGUCCCCACUGGUGUUCUUGUUCAUUGCACCAUCACCAAACGAUCUAGCUAGAGAGAGCAAUGUAAAUCGGUUGAAAUAUGUCUAACAGAUGAGUAGCAAAAGUCUAAUUACUUAUUCUCUGAUUACGAUAUGGAAUGACUUCACUGAAUUGUUCACAUCUGUCAGUUCAUGACGCGUUUGUAAAACAAAAGAUAAGUGUUCUGUAUUGUUGUAUCUUGAUCCUAUUGGUUAAAAAGUCCGAGAGAUCAUGGAUUUCAUUGUCUUGUGUUGUUAUUGGCCGAAGUUUACAAUGGAAGCCAGUGAGAAUUCUGUUGUAAUUUCCUAACUCAUUCUUUAUAAAACGUUGGAUAAACACUUCAAAAUAACAGAAGUUUCUCUUGAUUGUUUGUCUUAAAUCACAUUUAUGAUUCAUUGCCUGAAUUCGCAUGUUUCUAAUAAACUUAAAUAUUAGACUUCAGUAAAUAUGUAAUACAGUAAUGGUUUAUUCUUAAUUGGAUUUGAUAAUAUAAAGGCUAUUCUGUUAGGACUAGUGAAAUCGAAAUGUUUGUCUCUUAAACGUUAAAAUCAGAAAAUGAAGGAAAUGCUUGUCAGCUAUGUAAAUCUCAUGAUUGUGUCAAUAAACAGAACCAUUCAAUCGUAGUUCAUAAGUUAUUUGGAUAUGAUAAUUUUGAGCAGAACUGAAGACGUACUAGUAACUUGUAUCGAACUCAUUUCUGAUGGCUUUAAGGAGUACUAUUUUUGUCGACAUAGUAACUGAACUUUCAUUCUUUAUAGCUAAGUCUGUUUUUUUUCGGACAUUUAAAAUAACAUGCUGAUUUUACUUAACCAUUAAAACCGAAGGAAUACUGGUCAUCUACUUCGUCUUAGUAUAGAAACCCUGCGAAAUGUGCAUCCACAACCCUAUCAGGUAUCGAUCUUAUGUCUUUCAGGUCUUAUAACCGAACACCCUAACCUAUAAACCACUGAGAGGGAGUGCAAUUAUUUGCAUUUUCAACUCCAGUUAAUUUUUAAUUUGUUAUUUAUUAGAAGCUAAGCAACCGAAGAUCAUAUGUUUUUGUGUAAGGCAUCACAUCGCUGUUUUUAUUUUGACCAAUUCAACUUUCUAUGGUCUCAGAUCAUAAUUAUCUUCAAUGUAUAUUCAUUAAAUCAAGUUGCUUCAUUAUUAUUGCGUACCUAUUGUUAGCUAGAUUCAAGAUGAAUUUAAUGAAAUUGCAAUAAAUAACCAUUUUUACCCGACACAAUCAAAAGAUUCAGGAAAAUUAGAUGGUAUUAACGCAUUGACCAUAGUGGAUAGUGAUCGUUGAUUAAGUUGAACAUCUGAACCGUUGAAUUCAAAUUCAGUUGCUUAAUGCUAUCUUUAUGAACAUGAGAGUUUCAUGCUCAAUUUUAAACAAGGCCUUCGGUUGAUAUUUUAUAUUUCUCUGCGUGCCAUCCUUCAUGUUGUUUAUCCCUUCAGAUUGAUCAAAUUCUAUCAUUUAAUUUUCAACGUCACCACUCAGAAUAACUUGAUAUCACAUUGUCGUAUGCUUGAUCUUAAAUAGUUACUGGCGGGAUGGGAGUAACAUUAAGUAACCGCUUAUCUGAUAGAGGUCGGUACUCAAUGAUUGGUUGUUAAAAUAUAAUUGUAUUUACUUGAGCAAAAAAAAUAAUCCAGUAUUAUCAGAUGUGGUGGCUUUUAAAGCAUCUUAAUUGUAAGUCUUUUAUUAUAUUUUUUUCUCCUAAUAUUUCCUCUUGAACCUUUCUCUUAUACUUAUUUUAAAGGCUUAUUCAUACCUGUCUUUUAUUAAUAUUAUUCUUUUAAGAUAAACCAGUUAGAUGGAGGUAUUUCUAGGUCGUUCGAAAGUGAAAAAGCCCAUGCAAUUACCACAGUCAUCAUUAUCGACAACAUCGUCAUGUUUUCUGUCGGGUAGUAAUAGUAAUAGCAGUAGUACUUUACCAUUUCCAAUAUUGUUUAAAGAAGAUUUUAUGGAAUUCAAUUCUGAUCAUGAUGAUAACAAUAAUGAUGGUAUAAACAGUUGUGAACAGUUUACAUUUCAAGCGGUUUUAUUAAAUGGUGCCAAGACAUUAAUCACUGAUUUGGAACAAAUCAAGAUACUUCGAAAAAGAGGUUGUUACGGUUUUAGUCAGAAUAAUGAUUUUAAUCUUCGCAAUAAAGUCAACAGUAUACCUAAAGAAUACAGUACAGAUGAUGACGACAAUGAUGAUAAUGACGAUGACGGCGGGGAUACUUCAGAUGCAGAGAAUUCAAUUUAUGACUUUUGUAUUUCAAAAGGUAUUGAAAAAACAGAUGAAAAUAUUUCCAACGAAACGGACGUUACACAUUUAAUAUUGAAUGAUGUAGAAACGUUAUUUUUACUCCAUGGACUUGGUUGUUUAGACGUUUACUUGCCACUUAAUGGAAAUUCACAGUUUCAUUCAACCAUUGAAUGUAAACAGCCGAAUUCGCUGUCUUUGACUGAGGUCUGGUUUUGUUUGUGUACAGGAUCUGUUGAUUCAACUUGUUUACAAAUUCAAUCAGCACGAAAACAAAUUGAAAAGUAUUCAGAAAAAGAGCUCCAUCUAUUACGCCGUUAUGCUGUAUACAUAUAUUAUAGAUCUAAGGGUUGGAUUGUACGCCCCGGAUUAUGUGUAGGUGGUGCUGAUUACCUACUUUACGCUGAAGAUCCCAAUUGGAGACAUGCUUCAUUUUGUGUUCUAGUUGAUAGGGAUUCUACAACUAAGGAUGGAGAACAAAUGAAUUGCAGUUCAAUAGCUGCACGUGUUCGUGUUGCACAUUCGGUUGGUAAACGUGUGAUACUCUGUCGCGUAAGUCUUCCGUCAAUCGAGGAGUUUUCUAACAAUCCAUGGGAAGCUGUUCGAAAAACAACAAUUAAGGAAACUCUCAUUGAUUAUUGGAAACCGAAAGCUAAAUAA